CGCCUUGCUUUGAAAAGAAAAACGAUCAUUAGUCUCUAUUCCCGCCAACAUUACCUGAUAGUCCGAAAUUUACGAUUCUUGGUGCACACCAGCGUCCCGUUUUUCUGCAAUUUUUUUUCUUGGUGAAACCCCAUCGCCAUACAAAAUCCUUAUCUCCCAGAUUUAUCUUUUUGUAUUUAUAUUUAUUUUAACAUGGAACGGUUUGUUAAUCUGUAUACAUCCGCGUCCUCUCAAGAUGAUCUAUCGUCAGGCGCACCAAUCUCAGAAGAAGGGAAUUAAAUCACAAAAUAUUUAAGGAACAGCGAAUCUCUGGGUACUUUGUUUUAGUUCUUUAGUUAGCAGAUUUUUCAGAAGAUGAAGCACUACUCCAGACUACUCGUCUCCCUUUCAUACCGAAGGGCAUAAUAUUUUUAAUUAAAUAAUCUCUUUACUGUCCUUCCAUACUGGUUUAAACUUCCAAGAUAUUACGACCCGGGACGUUUUAAAUACUAAUCUCUUGCAACGUUUAAAUAGUAUAAACAUUUUUAUCUGCACUUUCAUCUUGAUCUAUCUUCUUUCAGAAGAAAUCACGUGUUUAAACAUGCUCCUUCAGGAGCAAGAAAAUAGUGCACAACUCAGUUAUAAAUUUUGCUUUCUUUCUCUUUCUUCCCUCUUAAUACAAACAACAGAAUCACAUUUAUUUUUCAAAUAGAUCAAACAUCACAUAAAAACUGCUCAGGGCAUUUGCUUAUUUUUUUUUUACAUACCUCAUCCCGAAAUAUAUACAAUCAUUGCUUUUUUUUAAAAUGUUAUUUUCUUCAUUUUUAUCAGAAUAAGGGUUUUGAAAAGACUGGAGAAGAAAUGUUUUUGUUUUGUUUUUGAAAGUCACAUAGUACUAGUACAUUCUGAACGAGUAGUUAAGGCAUUCUACAAAUGCUAUAAAUUGUUUAUAUAUUUCUAAUAUUCUCUGUUAAGCAAAACCAGAGGAUUUUCACUAGCUAAUCUUUAUAGAGGUAGGGAUUUUCAAAUUCAAUCAUAGGUUUUAUACCUUUCCCAGUACCCAGAUAGAAAUCACAAAGAAUUUGACCCCUUUCCCUCACUCAGUUCUCACCUUUGAACCAUGGACCUGAGCCAGCCCAUGUGCAAAGAAUGUCCAAAACCAUUCUAACCCCUUUAUACAAUUACAUUACGGCAAUUCUCCUGUAAGGCCGUUUUAGAGAGACAGAAUGGUUGGCUCUUACAUCAUUCAAACAAGGUGAGUAUGAAUGUAUCUUACAAGUCUGUUUCUUGAAACAUUAUUUCAAAUGAAAAUUGUUUUAAAUACUUCAGCAAUGCUUUCUUUCUAGCCUGAGCAAGGAUCCAGUUGAUGAGAGUCUACUGUCACUCAACUUUAUUCCACUCUGCUCAUCUGAAUUUUGCUCAGGAAGGCUCAUGAUUCUUUCUCUCUCUCUCAGAUUUGUUAGUUUUGAUGCCACAGGAUGCCACACGACUAUUAAUUGUUUUUGCAAAAUAAUGUUUUGUAAGGCCCUACAGAUAUCCCCCAGUUACAGUAUUAUGUACCUCAGAAAUUAUUUAGAAAAAUCCUUUUCUCAAUAAAAGGUUUAACAUUUUAAAUCUCAUCACAAACAUAUAAUAAGUUUCAACUUAUCAAGGAUCCACCUUUUUCCCACAUAUUUGACAUGAAGGUGAAAAAUAAAAAGAUAACUGCUGUGAUGCAACUAUUUCUAAUCCAGCCCACUGAGAAUAAUUUCUAGCUUCCAAUACACAGGUAGGAGUACUAAAAGUAUUUUUACUGAGUUCUUUAUUUAAAAUAUAGAAUGUACUCCCCUCCCAGUUAAAGAAGAAGCUACUAAAAUAUUAGUUCUUAUUAGGAAAGUGAAGAAUCUCUGAUUUGCUUUUAAUGGGGUGGCGGGAAGAACAGCCACCAGUUCUGUAGAGUUGGUCCUGGUGGCUCUCACCAUAGACUACAUUACCAUCCUUCAGUUUAAUGUGUUCCGUAUAGAUGACAGGACAACGGACCAUAAUCUCCAAAAAAAUCAGCCCCCCCCCACACUCAGGAAAAGCUAAACUACACUACAAUUUCUGACACAAUAUAUUUUAACAAAGCAUGAUGUGAAAUACCCCUUUUUCAUACCAAACUGAAAUACAGAAAAUCACAUUAGGAACUUUCUUAGUAUUGCAUUCACAGAGUAUAGAAACUAAGUGAUUGUCCAGGGAAUGUAAUUUAUUCAAAUAGCAACAAUAUAAUUUGAAACUUUUACAAGAAUGAAAAUAUAUUGGAUACAGGAAUACUUAGAUAUACAAAAUACUCCCAUAAGUAUUUCUAGCACAAACAUCUCUGCAGAAAUCUCUAACUAGUUAUUUGUGUCAUAGAAUUAGAAAUAAAAGAUAUAGUUCAUGGAGAUAGUUCUCAAUCCAUUUUCAAAGCCUCAAAGAAAUUUCAGCUUCAAAAUCAUUUUAUACAAAAUUGAUUCAAAUCACAGGCUUUCUACCCUUUGGUGUGCACAAAAGAGCCAAGAAUAAGAUUUAAUUUUAGUUGUGAUUUUAUGAACAACUAUACCAUUUUAUUUCACAAGAAAAAAAAGUUUUCUUUUCCCUAAAUCUUUACAAUUCCAAGGUUCAAUUAUUUAUUGAAACUUCUUUAAACCCGCAUUUACUCUCCUCAAUUUGAAAUCUACCUAAUAAAAUAUCGCGUUUUCUCGUCACUGAGAUAAGAAAUUUAUAAGGUACCUUUGGGGUAAAAAAAACCACUUGUUUGGAAAAGAAACCCACACAAAUAGAGCGCGGAGACGAGUCCUAUCUGCCUAGCUGGGCGGAUUCCUAAAGCACCAAUCACAAGACUCCUCUCGUGUAUAAAUACCAGGCAACUGAACUAAUCCUGACCAGUCCAAUAAGUUCUUUUGUUUAUUCUUGGUAGUUUAAGGUAUAUACGUCACUAUGUCCGAGACAGCGCCUGUUGCUGCGCCUGCUGUUUCUGCUACUGAGACAAAAGCCCCUGCUAAGAAGCCGAAGAAGGCGGGAGCCAGCGCUAAAGCCCGCAAGCCCUCCGGUCCCAGCGUCACCGAGCUGAUCACCAAGGCGGUGUCCGCUUCCAAGGAACGCAAAGGGCUCUCCUUGGCCGCUCUCAAGAAGGCUCUGGCAGCUGGCGGAUACGAUGUGGAAAAGAGUAACAACCGCAUCAAAUUAGGUCUCAAGACCUUGGUGAGCAAAGGUACAUUAGUGCAGACCAAAGGCACCGGCGCCUCUGGCUCUUUCAAACUUGGCAAGAUGAACGCUGAGACCAAGGAAAAGGCUCCGAAAAAAAAGCCCACGGCAAAGCCCAAGAAACCAGCUACCAAGAAGCCCGCCAGCACAGCCAAGAAACCCAAAAAGGCUGCCAUCGCGAAAAAAAGUCCAAAAAAGCCCAAGAAGCCAGUAGCUGCCGUGGCUAAGAAAGCCGCCAAAAGCCCACACAAGGUUAGAGUGGCUAAGCCCAAGAAAGUAGUAAAGAGUCCGGCUAAAGCCAAGACAUUGAAACCGAAGGUGGCUAAGCCUAAGCCAACCAAGCCUAAACUAACAAAGGCUAAAAAGGCGGCUCCCAAGAAGAAGUAAAUAUUUGUCUUCUACAUGAACCAAACGGCUCUUUUAAGAGCCACCUAUCCCUUUCAAGAAAGAGCUGAAAUAGCAAAUUCACUUACCGGUAACCU